GAGACCAGAUAUAGUGACUGCAGGGUCCGGGGAGAGCGGAUAUAGUGAAUGCAGGGUCCGGGGAGACUGGAUAUAUGAAUGCAGGGUCCGGGAGACCGGAUAUAGUGAAUGAGGGUCCGGGGAGCGGAUAUAGUGAAUGCGGGAUCCGGGGAGACCGGAUAUAGUGAAUGCGGGGUCCGGGGAGAGCGGAUAUAGUGAAUGCGGGGUCCGGGGAGACCGGAUAUAGUGAAUGCGGGGUCCGGGGGGAUAUAGUGAUGCGGGGUCCGGGGAGAGCGGAUAUAGUGAAUGCGGGGUCCGGGGAGACCGGAUAUAGUGAAUGCGGGGUGUGGGGGGGGGGGGGAGACGGGGUAUAGUGGGUGCGGGGGGCCGGGGUAUAGUGGGUGCGGGGGGCGGGGAGACGGGGUAUAGUGGAUGCGGG